AUGCAUUUGUUUCUUGGCUGGCGUGCAAUGGAAGAUCGAAUUGGUUCAAUAGCAUAUACAUUUGAACGUGUUUUAUGGGGUGAUAGUCGUGCUCGACAUACAUUUUUAAUUGCAUGUUCUGAUGAACAUCCACUAACCUUAAUUGAAAUCGAUGUGGGCAAUCGUGAAAGAGGUAUUAAAAAAGGUAUGAAAUUAAAAAUUGCUGAAUUAGAAGAAAUACCAAAUUCAGUAACAAAACUUGAAUUAAUUGGUGAAACAACAUCACCAACAGCAUUACAACAACUUAUUCAAAAUGCACAAACUUAUGUACAAGAACAUCCUAAUUAUCAUGUCUUAUUGAAUAAUUGUCGAACAUUUGUUGAAUCUCUUAUUGAUGAAAUACCUGAAUUUCGAAAUUCUAUACCACGUAAAAAAGGUUCAAUACUUGAAUAUUAUCAUUCACAAGCAAAACAUGAACAUCCUGGAGCAUUAGUCAAAAGUAAACAAUUAUUGAAAGAUGUUCGUGAUGUUCAUCGUCAUAAUAGACAGUAUAAGUACACUAGUAAAUUAGUAUUAAACAUAGAAUUACCAACACUAGAUGUAGAUAUUAAUACUGAUAUUAUUGAAACACUCACCGCACUUGACCUCUCUGGAAAUGGAAUCGGUGAUGUUGGAGCACAAUAUUUGGGUGAUGCAUUAAAGCACAACACAACACUCACCACACUAGUUCUCUUCAGGAAUGAAAUCGGAGAUCUUGGAGCACAACGUUUGGGUGAUUCAUUGAAACACAAUACAACACUCACCACACUAGAUCUCUCAUGGAAUAAAAUCCGUGAUGCUGGUGCACAAGCUUUGGGUGAUGGAUUGCAUCACAACACAACACUCACCGCACUAGAUCUCUCGUGGACUAACAUCCGUGAUGUUGGAGCACAAUCUUUGGGUGAUGCAUUAAAGGCAUCAUCAGAAAAACAUUUUGUAUAA